AGACAAAGGGAGACUUGGUGUGGCAUUCCUAUGCCAAGGCUAUUUCCAGUUGUUGGAGCAGCCUGUAGUGGGUGUUCAGUUUUCUUUGCAUAACGCGGCGUCAUCAUUAAGCGACCCUCUUCCGCGGCUGCGCCGAGGAGGCGGGCGGAGCCGGAGCGGCGGAGGCACAGCACGGAUGAGGCGCAUGCGCGGUGCUGGACGGCGCUGGAGCUGCGGGCCCGGCGCGGGCUCGCGGAGGGGUCGCGGGGCAGCCGUUGGCGGGGGCGAGGCGGCGGCGGGCGGCUGGCGCGGCCUGGCGGGCGGCUCGCCGCAGCAGCUGGCGGAGCGAUACGCGGACUUGGCCGCCAGCCACAGCGAGGCGGUGCGGGCCCGCGAGGAGCGGGAGCGCCAGAACACGCGGCUGCGGGACGAGAACGCGCGGCUGCGGCUGGAGAACCGCCGCCUGCGCCGGGAGAACCGCAGCCUCUUCCGCCAGGCGCUGCUAGGGCCCGGCCCGGAGCCCGACGCGCCGCCCCGCCCGGGCUCCGCCCCCGAGCCGCCGCCGCCGCCGCGGGAGGAGGAAGCGGCGCUGGCGGCCCAGCUGCGGCGGCUGCAGGAGCGGCACCGCCGGGCCCUGCAGCAGCUGCGGCGCCGCCGCGCCCAGGACGGGCUGGAGGAGGACGGGGAGCUGGACGAGCUGCUGCGGGAGCUGGACGGGGAGCAGCCGCCGCCGCCGCCGGAGAAGAGCCUGGCGCCGCCCCUAUAGCCCGGGGGAGGCUGGCGGGGCUCCGCAGUGCUUUGGGGACCCCCCCCCUUUGGUGCCUGAGGCGGACCCAGCUGGCUGCACCCUGCGGCCGCCUCACCGCGGGGCUCCCCUGCCCCACAGGGGGUUCGGGCCCCAGAAGUAGGCGCGGGAGCUUCCUGCAGGAGCAGCCGCAGCGGCUGGAGGAGCCCCACGCGGCAGGAGGGAAAGGGCCUCACAGCGCAGGUGCCUCGUGCCCUUGGGUGUUGAGGAGAAGUUCGUCCUAGAGGGAGAAAUGGAUUCUGGACUUUGCCGCCUCCUGGCCUUGCCCUGUCUGCCUUCUCAGCUUUGAGUUUGGACCUGUCUCUCUAGUUAUCUUUGUGCAGGAGUGAACAAAUCUCACAGAGGCCAUAAUAGCCUUGUAGAUGACCCAACAAUGGCACAUUUUUUAGCCUGCUACUAGGUUUUAGUACCCAUGUAUAUCAGUUUAAAAAAUGAAAAGUUUGUGCGCCAGAUUUAUUGUGACAGCACUUUAAAUGAAAGCUGAUAAUCCUCAGAAUCCUUCUGAAUUGGUUGGAUAUCAUCUGCCACUCCAUUCUCUGUAUAUCUUUGACUAUUGAUAUGUUCAUCCUUGUCUGUUGCAUAAUUGGUCUAGACAUGGCACGUCCAAUUCAUAAAACCACAGGUCAUACUAAAUAAAUCCUUGACAACCAAAAUGCUUCUACUAGAUGUGUAUAUAUUCAUCUGCAUAUUACAAAUCACAUUUGUUUUAUACUGUAAAUAGCUACUCUUCAAAGUUCUUAAAUUUUGCUACCAAGGUUUUUUCAAAAUUCUAAGAAACAAGCUACUCAAUUACUUAUCUUUCUGUUUUAAGUAAAAACUAUUUGUCACUUAUAUAACGGAAACUAUUUUAAUUUUUAGUUUCUAUUUACUGUCUGAAAGACCAACCUUGUAAACAUAUAUGAGUAACAUUAUUUGCAUCUGUAGUCCUAUUGCCUUUAGUAGGAUUAAUCAGAUGAGGAAAGUUAGGGUUGAAUGCCACUGUUUGUGGGAUGGGUCCCUAAAACUUAAUUACUAAACUUUUCACUGAGAGAAGGCGGUACUUAUGUAACCUUAAAAAAACCAAAAUAAACCACUCACAUAACUUCAAACUUUGUUUGGAGUUAGAUAUAUUUAUGGGAAAAGAGGAAUGCUUGUACUAACUUCACUAUUAUUGUUUAAUAUAAUUGAGGUUUAGAAUAGUCUGUGUAGCAUCCAGCAUACAAAUUUAAUUGUGAUAUAAAAUGUACAGUAUCAUUUGUUAAACCAAUAUCAAUACAUAAAAAGCUUUUUAAUUAAGUUUUAGGGGAAUAGACCUGUUUAAUGUGAUAGGUCUAAAGAGCACCUCUGCUGUGCAGUUCAUCUUCCUUAGUCUUUAAUGGGAAUUCUAGAAUGUCCGUUUCUGAAUGUCUUGUUUGCUCACUAGGUUGAAACUACCCUUACUAGCCAUUUUAAAUUGGCUAAUAAAAGUGAAGUACAAUGGGUACAAAAAAAUCAGUGACACGUCCAAAUGUUUUAUAUUUAAAUAAAAGUUACUGUGUUCUGUGAACCAUUCCCAGUAAAGUAGAUGUAUAAACUGCAAGUGAAAAGAGGGAUUUAGAAAGGAAAAAUGCCCAAGCAACUUGUAUGGUUUAGCAGAAGAAUAGUAUAAUAGAGGCUUACAGUACUUGAGUAGAUGACCUUUUAAGGCCCCUUCCAGACCUACAUUUCUGUGAUUCUGUGAUCGUGUGUUGUUGCAAUAUAAUGAUGGAAAACAUCUGAACACAGAAAUUAUUUAAGACAAAAUAUUGCUGUAGGCAUUAGGGCCCUGAUUCCAGGAUUUUAUUCAGUGCUCCACAGUUUGUUUAUAGCAUGUUCCAUUUUGAAGACAGUCAAUCAAAUCAGAUAUUGCAGCUUAUAGAUGUCAGAUACAGUGAGGGCAGUUAAUUAUUGCCUUAAAGGAAGGUAUCUAAAUAUUAUAGAUAAGUUUAUAUAGCUGAUGCAUACUUUUAAAGAGAUUUAAUGGAUAAACAGAGUGAACUCAAACAGAAGGAUCAUUGGUUCUAAAAUGUAAUAUGUAUGUCUGGCCUGCACCUUAGAAAGCUCAAACAAAAUUCACCCAGGAGUUUCUAUUCUAGUGGGGCUCAGAUUCAUUACUAGCGGUCUGCUGAAGUAUGUAAGUGUCUUUCAAGCAUUAUUUAACAUUGGUACACUAAAGGGUCAAAUUUUUAGUUGGUAUAAAUUUAUUGAAUUCAGGUCAGUUAUAAUAAUUUACACUAGCUAAGGAUCUACCCCUGUUUUUGUCUCUUGCUGUUAGAACACAUUGGCUAAAGAUUGAUGAAAAGGUGACUCUCCUGUUGGAUUACCAGGAUCACUAAGAGCUGCAAGAGCAGGCCAUUAACAAUUUUCAAUAUUAAAAUUAUCCUUUAAUCCCAUAGCAACAGUAACUUGUUUCUGGCUCUAGUGCAGUGUACUGUACAUUAAAAUCCUCAUUGUCAUCAGUGGUAGAAGAAGAAUUUUGAUGAUGUUUUUCAUGUUAGAACUCACAGCAUCAAGACUUUAAGGUGAUGGGAAGGAAUGUUAGUUUUAUAGACUACCUAACCUUCCCUCUUUCUAAACUUGCUUGGUCUUUCUAUUUUGAUCCUCUUAGUCCUAUAUCUCUGGUUCUGCUCUCACUCUCAGUAAUUCAGACUUUAGAUGUCUACUCAGGACCAGAAAUCAUAGUUGUCUUACACCUUACAUCUUUUACUUCCUUCAGCUCCCAUGUUGAAGUCUAUCUAUCACUUUCUCCAGAGCAGUCUGUUUCAUUCUUCUUUUGAUCUACUUGCUGUGGAAUCCUUACUUGUCUUUUAUUGUGCCUGGCAUUGGCUAUUGCACUUCUACAUUUAUGUUCUUAUUGAAUACCUGCUCUUUCACUAUUUGGGGAGGGGGGGAGUGCAGAAUGUGGUCUCCAAACUAUUUUCUGUAAAUGGAGCUGUACCACUCCCAUUUUCUUCACUAAUUUAUUUUUCAUACAAUUAAAAAUUGCCCUCCUCGUUUUGAAAACUUGAUUAUAUAUCCUAAUUUCCUUUCCUCCAUGCCUCCCUCAAGUAUUUGGUGGGGAAAGUUGCGUUCUCAUUUUGGUUGCCAUAAUAAACUAACUCCCUGGACCAGUGAAUCACUUCCCUCUUUAGAACAAAACACACACACUCUUUUUUUGGCUGCCUUAUGAUUCUCACAUAGUAUUUUGUAGUACCAUGUAUGAAGAAUUUAGAGGAAAAUCAGACUUCUAUAACAGUGGGGCUUUUUCCCAUACUUCUUUAGGCUUCUUCCUGUUUCUCUGUAAAUAUUGAUCAGAAUAAAUAAUGAACUUGAUUAUUCUAGCUAAAUAGUAACAAACGUGUUCUACAACACUUGAAAGACAAAUUAGAUUAUUUUAACUAAUUUGCUGAAAUAUCCCACUCCAUUUGGAAAAAUGAAAACCUUUAGAUCUGGGUGUAGAUUUGCCAUCUUCCAUCGGAACUAAUGAAAUAAAGUCUCUUGUUUUUACAUGAA